GUGUGCAUACAUGGGGGGGCCUCAUGCGAAGAGGACGUACCCCUCCCCCAGAAGGAGCAGGCGCGGGAGAUAGGGCGCUGUUCUGCAUCUUAAAUCCGUGAGGUGGCCCAUCACCGUGGUAUCUUGGCGCCUUCCUUCUUUCUCCAGGAGGUGGGGUAGAGGUAUUGGUUCUUCCCCAGUUGGGGGGCAGGUGUGUGUUGGGGGGGAAGCACAUAACCCUCCCCUUCCCCUCCACCUGAGCAGAGGCGAAAAGAGGGGCAGGUGUGUGGAAGUAAAGCACAACAGCCCCCAAUCCCUCCCUUUCUUUUUUUCAUUCAAGCCACAACUCUCGUGUUUGUCCGUUUCAUCCUCCAGCCGGCAAUUGAGAAGGAACAGCAGGUGCCGGAGUUCUAUGUUCUACUGAGCCUCUUCUUGACUCUAUCCUGCCCAAGAGAAGUAUUUGAAAUAUUACAAAGGGAGAAAUAAGUGCAACUGAUGACUUCUACAGACUCUCCUUAAUGAACUUAAAACAGUAGAAAAAGUAGUUUAAGGAAUUCAAUUAUUUCACUGAACAAGCCAAUGGGUAUACUUUUAAUGGUACAUGAAUAUAAAUAACAAUCAAACUCCUUCCACAUUUGUGGCAAGAAUUUCCAUUCAAUAAUUUUCUAGCCUAGCAUAUUUUCAUGCGCAUGUGAGGAGAACCUUUCAAGUGUCCUUACGCAUUAAAAUACAUGCUAGGGGACAAAACCUAGAAAAUAUGCCGACUCAACCCCUUCUAGUAUAUAUGGAUGGACCGGAUGGGAUAGCCAGUACUGUUGGUGCGCAGAUGGAGAAUAAUGAUGCCUCAAUGCCAAUAAAAGGGACCAACACAAUUUCUUACAAAACUGUGCAAGAAAAGUUUUUGGUGCAAGUAGAGGGUUGUAUUCCUUUGGAUUGCAUGUUUUGUGAUCAGACUUUUAAACAUCCUGAAGAGCUUGGUAAGCAUGUCUUAACUCAACAUAGACCCACACUUUGUGAACCAGCAGUUCUGCGUGUUGAAGCAGAGUAUCUUAGUCCCCUCGAUAAAUGUCAAGUGAGAACAGACUUGCCAUCACCAGACAACAAUGAAAAGGACAAUGAAGAAUUUAGCUGUGAAGUUUGUGGACAAACAUUUGAUGAAGCUUUUGAUGUUGAGACUCACAUGAAAAAGCAUAAAGACUCUUUCACAUACUGGUGUAAUGUAUGUGGAAGAAGAUUUAAAGAACCUUGGUUCCUCAAAAACCACAUGAGAACACAUACUGGUAAACCUGGCUCAAGAAAUAAGCUUCAACAAGGUUCUGAAAGCCCAGUAACAAUAAAUGAGGUGGUACAGGAACAAGUAACUGAAAAUGUAACAUCACCUUACAAAAUCUGCAUGGUUUGUGGCUUCCUAUUUCUCAAUAAAGAGAGCCUAAUUGAACACAGUAAAGUGCACACCAAAGAGUCCGUGCCCAAUGGUGAUAGCCAAGAACUCUCCGAUAAAGAUAAUAGAGGAGGAGGAGCUCAAAGAGAGGAGUUUCUGCAGUUUUUGAACUUAAGACCAAAUGUGACUGCAGAAAAGAGUAAAUUAGAAAAACCUGUGAAAUGGAUAGCUGAACUGGAUCCAUUCAAUACGUAUCAAGCAUGGCAGCUUGCUACCAAAGGUAAGGUUGCUGUUGGCCAUGGACAGAUAAAAGAACCAGGGCAAGAAGGAAGUACAGACAAUGAUGAUUCAUCAUCUGAUAAAGAAGAACUUGGUGAAAUUUGGAAUAAAGGUAGCCAGGUUAAUCAGAUUGAAAGUAGUGGGAAGUCAAAGGUAAAUAAAAGCAGUAGUUGUCAGGGAAAUGGUACUCUGUCCCAAGACAAACUGAAACACCCCAACAGUGAAGUGCCUUCUAUGGAGAUGGAUCCCAAACUGUCACAAAACAAAGAGAAACCAACACAUUGCUCCGAGUGUGGCAAAGCCUUUAAAACCUACCACCAGUUAGUUCUCCAUUCAAGAGUGCAUAAAAGAGACAGAAGAACUGAUUCAGAGACUUCAGCCACUUCUAGAACAUGCUGUGCAGACUUGAUUGUAACCCCACAUGAAAAUGGAGUACUGGAGCGAACGGAGGGAGGUUCUGAAGAUGGAUCUGAAGAUGGGCUACCAGAGACGCUUCAUUUAGAUAAAAAUGAAGAUGGCUUGGAAAGAGCAAAAGUUAAAAACCUUGGGGCCUCCAGAGAAUGCAGCUAUUGUGGAAAAUAUUUCCGCUCAAAUUAUUACCUCAAUAUUCAUCUCCGAACUCAUACAGGUGAAAAACCAUACAAAUGUGAAUUUUGUGAAUAUGCAGCAGCACAGAAAACAUCAUUGAGGUAUCAUUUAGAAAGGCAUCACAAGGAGAAGCAGGCUGAUAUCACAACAGAUGUGAAAAGUGACAGCAAAAUUUUGUUACAAAGUCAGGAGACAGACCUCCUGCCAGUAGCUGUUGGUGCUCAAGAAAUCAAAAACUUCAGAAGGUUUAUUGAUGGUGCCAAAGAUGAAAAGGGCUGCCCACCUGCAAAGCAACAAAAAGAGAUAUUUUCUUCCUUUCAGAGCAUAUUGGCUGGUCAAGUCCUCUUGACCACGAAAAAUGAUAUUCAGGACACAAAGAAGGAUGAAGUUUGUAAUGGCUCAAAUCAGAUGAAUCCGAACUCAGAUGCUCCUUACCUGUCAAAGCUAAAAGCAGAGGAAGAAGCAGUGGAAUCUCAGGCAAAUGAUCCUACUGAUCAAAAAAAGAAAGGUGCAUCAGUGAAACUGGAAGGAGAUGAUACCGAGUUCACUGGUGCCUUAAAGGAUAUAAAUAAUGUGGAAGAAAUGAGAGAGAGCACUGAAAAAUGCGCAAACAAACAUUUAGUUGUUUCAGAAGAAAAGCCCUUAAAUUUAUCUACUGGGACGGUGCAAGAAUGUUCAGUGAUCUCAGCUACUAGAGGCUUGUUAGCACCUAGCACCUGCCCAUUUUGUACUUAUAGAACAUUUUAUCCAGAAGUCUUAAUGAUACACCAGAGGCUGAUGCAUAAAUAUAAUACUGAUACCGUUAACAAAAAUGGUUAUAGAAACAAGGCUUUGGCUAAGGCCAGGCGUACUGGAUGCCCACCAGCUCUUCUUGGUAAAGAUGUGCUUCCCCUGUCUCUUAACCCUAAUAAAAGCAAGGCUUCCCUGUCUACACAACAGAAACAGCUUCAUACAGAGAAGACUAAACAUUGUCCCCCUCUACAGAGCAAAGUCUCUGUUUUUUCAAUGGUAGAGUCCAGCAGUUCAGCACUAAGUAACCUGAAGUCUUACAAACCACAAAACAUUGGAGCGCAGGCAAAUAGUUGUCGGCAGCCACAGCAAGAUACACAUUCAAAUCCUAAUAUUUCUUCCGUAAUGGAUAGAGUAAAAAGAGCUGAACCAAAAGCAAAAACUCUAAAUAUAUCAGCUUCUCAAUAUGGCAUAGUCAGUAGUAACGUCAAUAAUUCCUAUGAUUCUCCCCUUAAUGAAGCUACCUGGUUCAGUAAUCGAGGAAAAGAAUAUCUCUGCAAUAGAUCUGUGGGUCACACAAACUUAGAAUUUGGUGAACCAUCUUCUAAAAGAAUGAAACCUAAUCUGUUAGCCCUUGAAUACAUGGACUCUGCAAGGGUUAAUUACAGAAGGUAUGACAUGAGCCGACCUCGUGUUGCAAACAGAUAUGCAAACCUGUUACCUCAGGAAUGUUCACAUGCCAAACCUGCAUCCUAUGUUUUGCCAACCAAAAAAGGGCUUCUGAAUUCAGAUGAAGUUGAUUCUCGUAACGUACUGACUAUUCUGAAAACGUAUGAGCCGUAUAGCCCUGGACCAAUUUAUGGUUCUUUUGGACCUAGCAAUGGCCAAGCAACCAGCUCUUCAAUAGAAGGAAAAAGGCCGGUGUCAUACCAACAAUUAUCUAACAGCUUGCUACAAAAGCGAAGUUAUGAGAGUCUUAUUGGCAAUGCACGUUUUCGACCAAAUGACAAGAAAACUUGAUUUACGUCGAGAAAUGCAGGGUAUUUUGCAAGCUGAGAAUGAAGAUGAGCUGGAAGUUGGAGUUUAUUUUGCUUGGUAAGUAUGAUGGAACAGCUACUUUACUUUUUAAAAUACUCUCAGAAUAAAAUACUGAAUAGAUACUUAGCACAAAAAGCAGCUUUACUUUAGGCUUUGUCUGUCUCUAAAAGUUUGGCCAACAUAGAUAAAACAGCAAAAAAACCAACCAACCAAACAAACACAAUAACCCCUAGUGUAGAUGCAGUUAUACCAGUAUAAAAAGUAUUUAUACUGAGGCCAUGUCUACACUAGAUGUCGUCUGAAUUUACUAAGCUCCAUGUCUGGGCACCCAAUUUUACAAAUUCUAAGUUCUGUGUCCUCACUACAGGGAAGAAUUGAAUGUAGUAAGAGGCAGGCUAUGUUAAUGGGGACGCACUACCUCGCACUCAGAGCCCCAGGAAGCACUUUGGGGAGCUACAGGAGGCCUCCUGGAGGCCAGUAAAUUCAAAUUGGUGGCACCGGAGCAUCCACACUAACAUUAUUUUGGACCUAUAAGUUCAGGAAUAGUGUUAUUCCUCAUGAAAAGCAGGACUAGGGAGUUCGAAUUCUGAAUCCCCUUAUUCCAGAAUAACAGGAUUGGUAGUGUGGACGUAUCACUUACAAAAUGGACCUUGGGGGGCUAAUUUCAGACUAAGGUCCUAGUGUAGACAGGCCUAACAUUGUUUAUUCCAGUUAAGUGAUGCAAAAUAAAAUGCACAGUUAUAUUUUUACGUUCAGACUUUUACUGGUGUAACCAUGUCAUAAAAAAAAUUAUAUUUGUAACUGACAUAGCUAUUCCAGUAAACUUUGUAAAUCUAAACCAAGCAGAUGCUAUCUGACAUGGGCUGGGAACUGCAUUUGAUGAAGGUGUUUUAAACACCAUUUAGUAUGUUAAGAAAACAAGUAUAGAAAUAGCAGAGCUUCAUUCUGAUCUUAUGCCCUUGUAAAUCUAAAAUAACUAUAUUGACUUCAAAGGAGCUACUCUGGAUUUGUAGUCAUAUAAAUGAGCUCAGAAUCUGUCCCAUAAUUGUAAAAGUUGGUUGAAAUAUGGCUUGGUUUUGUCUACCAUGGCUAAAACUAAAUCGGUCUUAGCUGAUUCUAAACAAUAUUUGAAAUUCAGUUCUCAGCCAUUGGAUAUAGGACCUCUGUCUGGGAUUUACAUUAAUUCACACAAAUGUUUUGACUGUCCUUAUUCUGACUGAUCUUAUUUAAAACAAUUACAAAACACAACCAACCAACCAUCCAACCAAUGACCCAACCAACCAACCCUAUAUCAUUGAAGGGGAUUAGAGUAUGGACAAAAUCCUAAAUUGUGUGUCCAUGAAUAAGAUCAACUAUUCCGUGAAUAAAAAAUAUCAGGAAGAGUUAAAUUCUGGAAUUAUUCCUUUACAGGCUUGAACCAGUGCCCAUUAAAAUCAGUAGAAAAACUUUUGACGCCACAUGAUGUUGGAUCAGGCCCUUAGUUUGAUGGAAUGUAAACUGAAAUCUACCUUAAAGUGCAUGUUUUUUUAAUUGUUUAGCUACUUCAUAAGUCUCAAAAUCCAGCAAUUUUACUCUCUCUUUUUCUCGGCAAAAAAACCCAAGGAGUCAGGACAAAUAUUUGCCUGAAUUUACAGAUGUCACUUUCUGUGUAAAUAUUUCAGAAGAACUAUGUACAUUAAGAAAAAGAAAUUGGCAUGUUAAUAUCUUCCUAUGCGUUUUCAACAGGAAAUUAUUAGCAUUUAUUUUAAAACUUAGCAUUUCCCCCAUAAUUUGCAAUAGUUAUCAGGUAAAGGUACUUAUCAGGAAAGUUAUGCCCACAGAAUCUCACUACACUUACUAUGGCUUUCUUCAAAAGCCACAUUGAAACCAAUCUACAGGUCCUUUGCAAUAGGAAACUCAGAGAACUCAGGCCAGAGGGUCUGGGUAUGUGAGUAUAUAGAAUCACAAGGAGCAGAAAUAAUAUGUCAGGUUACAUGUCAGGCUAUUGCAGGUAUAGGGGGAACAUGCUACAGGGUAAUAGUACUAUUUCAACAUAUACAUUUACCUGUUUAGGAGGUGGUUAUGUCAAUUUCCCUGCAAGGUGACUGAUGGCCUUUAAACCCUAUUGUAAUUGUGUGGUAUUGAUUUGGAAUCUGUGAUUAAUAUUGUCUUUAUUGAGGGAGUUUUAAAUAUAAAUUGCAUCAUUCAUCUGUUUGUGAAGGCAAAAGACAAAUGCUCCCCAGAGCUAUUUAUACUGGGCACAGCUACAUCCUUUGCAGUGAGGUUUGUAGUAGGAAGCAGGGUGGCAUGCAGGGAGGUGAGGAGGCAGAGAUGGUUUUUUCACCCCGACCUUCCUCCAUGCAGCUGGGUAGGGGACUAUGGCUGCAUCUUGAGCUGGUUAAAAAAUGUUGACAAAAAUGACAUUUUUUCACUCCUCUGAUCCAUUUUCCUGCCAAAUGCCAUUUCAACAUAACAUCCCAGGCAGUGCUCCUGCUCUGGCUGGUUCAUAAGCCAUUUCAGAGGUGCUCAGCACUGGACAGAAUUGAGCCCUUGGUAACUAAUAACAACAGCUGCAGGGGGCAGCCGAGUUAGUCUGUACAGAAAAAAACAACAAAUGGUCUGGUAGCACUUUAAAGGCUAACAAAACAGGGAGAUGGUA